AUGGACAGUCAGACAGACGGACAGACGGACAGUCAAACAGACGGGCAGAUGGACAGUCAGACAGACGGACAGACUGACAGUCAGACAGACGGGCAGACGGACAGUCAGACAGAUGGACAGAAGGACAGUCAGACAGACGGACAGUCAGAAAGACGGGCAGACGGACAGUCAGACAGACGGGCAGACGGACAGUCAGACAGACGGACGGACGGACAGUCAGAAAGACGGACAGUCAGACAGACGGGCAGACGGGCAGUCAGAAAGACGGACAGUCAGACAGACGGGCAGACGGACAGUCAUACAGACGGACAAACGGACAGUCAGACAGACGGACAGACGGACUGUCAGACAGAUGGGCAGACGGACAGUCAGACAGACGGGCAGACGGACAGUCAAACAGACGGACAGUCAGACAGACGGGCAGAAGGACAGUCAUACAGACGGACAGUCGGACAGACGGACAGACGGACAGAAGGACAGUCAGACAGACGGGCAGACGGACAGACAAACAGACAGACAGACGGACAGUCAGACAGACGGGCAGACGGACAGUUAGACAGACGGACAGUCAGACAGAUGGACAGAAGGACAGUCAGACAGACGGACGGUCAGAAAGACGGGCAGACGGACAGUCAGACAGACGGACAGUCAGACAGACGGGCAGACGGACAGUCAGACAGACGGGCAGAUGGCCAGUCAUACCGACGGACAGACGGACACUCAGACAGACGGGCAGACGGACAGUCAGAAAGACGGACAGUCAGACAGACGGGCAGACGGACAGUCAUACAGACGGACAAACGGACAGUCAGACAGACGGACAGACGGACUGUCAGACAGAUGGGCAGACGGACAGUCAGACAGACGGGCAGACGGACAGUCAAACAGACGGACAGUCAGACAGACGGGCAGAAGGACAGUCAUACAGACGGACAGACGGACAGUCAGACAGACGGGCAGACGGACAGUCAGACAGACGGGCAGACGGACGGUCAGACAGAAGGGCAGACGGACAGUCGGACAGACGGACAGUCAGACAGACGGGCAGACGUACAGUCUGACAGACGGAUAGUCAGACAGAUGGACAGACGGACAGUUAGACAGACGUACAGUCAGACAGACGGGCAUACGGAUAUUCAGACAGACGGACAGUCAGACAGACGGACAGUCAGACAGACGGGCAGACGUACAGUCUGA